AUGAUCAGCACGAGCCGGCCUCAGCAGUCGCUCACCGGUUGCCAUCGCUCGCAGUCCUCAAACGAAGUCGGCCCUUUAACCGCCCUCAGCUGGGGCGAAUACAGUGCGAUCAACAUGUCAGCGCCAACGACCCCAUACCGUGAGAUACGAGCUCAUCAUAUCAACGACACGAUCACUCUAUACCAGGCCUACAGCCCCGAGAUAGGCACCACUGCGGUGGAACACCAACGUUUGGAUACAUCACCCGAGUUCAGCACUACACGCAUGACCUGUAUCAAGCCUUCCUGGGCAUGUAUGCGGCUACUCUUACAAGGAUCCAGGAUAAGAGUGCAUCCUCGCAUUAUUGGAGUUCCUGACGCGCUUGUCAAUGAUCUAGUAAAAGGCGUAUUCGCAAUCGAGGAUGUCACUGAACGGGCAAGGGAGCUGAAUAGAGAGCUUGACGAGACGAAGGAUGUUGACCUUGAAGACCUGCAAAGCAGAGGCCUGGUUUUGAAGAAAAAGACGUUUGUCAUAAACAAGGAUUUGCGACACCUGCUGCAUAUCGCAGAGCAGGAAUCCGCGUAA